CUGUUAGAAAUAAUCUAACAUUCAACUUAUUUUUAGAAUAACAAUAAUCGUUUAAAUGAUAAAUAGUUGUCCUUCCAUCAAUGCUUUAUCUAUAUCACUAUAGAACUAAUAAUAUCAUAAUGGAAGAUAAGAUAACAUUAUUUGACAAUUGUUUUCAGUUUAAAGUUGACGGUAAGCAAAUUGUUAGUAGUAAUCUAACGCGCGAGUGAUCACGACACCCGAGUUGUUAGUAAUAAUCUAACGCGCGAGUGAUCACGACACCCGACUUGUUAGUAAUAUUCUAACACGCGAGUGUUUACGCGGUGAUUUUUGUAUGUGUGUAAAAUUCAAAUUAACAUUUUCAAACUAAUAUCAUUAUUUUUAGUGUCGUGUAUCAUUUUAUGAUAUUGUUUUCUUUGUAAUUGUUUACUGUAAUAAUGAACAACGAUAAAAUUACAAAUAAAGUAAUAGAAUGGUUGCAAGAAGAUGAAGAUACAAACAUCAGUGACCUGAACUCAGAAACAGAUACAGAAUCUGAGCAUUCAAAUCAUGACACAGAAUCAGAACAGUCAGGUAAUAGUGAUUCUGAUAAUACACAUACCCCGGCUUCAAAUAAUUUACUGUAUACCCCUUGUUAUGUUGGAAAAGAUGGUACGAAAUGGCUAAUGCAUAAGCCACAAACUACAAAAACUGCUCGUCAAAAUAUAAUUACAAAAUUACCGGGAGUGAAAGGUGCAGCUAAAAAUUCAAAAACAAUUUUAGACUGUUGGAAAAUAUUUUUUCCCGAUAAUAUAAUUAUUUAUAUUGUCGAAUGUACAAAUCAACAACUUAAUUUAAUUCGUUCUAAUUAUACACGAGGUGAAAGAGACUGUCCACCAACAAAUUUUGAAGAAAUUUUAGCAUUUUUUGGGUUAUUAUAUUUGGCUGGUGUAAAGAAGGCUCAGCAUCUGAACACCGAUGAAUUAUGGUCUACCGACGGUACAGCUCCUGAAUUUUUCUCGGCAACUAUGUCUAAAAGACGUUUUCAUACUCUCGUACAAGCAAUUCGUUUUGAUGAUCGUAAUAGUAGAUUAGAGCGAAAAAAGACUGACAACCUAGCGCCAAUCAGAUAUAUUUUUGACCAGUUUUUAAAAUCAUGCAUAGAAAGUUACACAAUAAGUGAAUACGCUACUAUCGAUGAAAUGUUAGAAGCAUUUCGUGGGAGGUGUAAAUUUAGGCAAUAUAUAGCCAACAAACCCGCCAAAUAUGGCAUCAAAAUAUACGCUCUUGUUGAUGCUAGAACAUUUUAUACUUCCAACAUGGAAAUAUACGCUGGAAAACAGCCCCCAGGUCCAUUUCAAAAAGAUAAUAGUGCAGCUUGUGUAGUGAAACGUCUAAUAGAACCAAUUGAUAAAUCCGGGCGCAAUAUUACAAUGGAUAAUUAUUUUACAUCUGUACCUCUCGCCAACGAAUUAUAUGCAAACCACCGGCUUACUAUUGUAGGAACAUUACGGAAAAACAAAAGAGAGAUUCCACCAGAGUUUACUAAUAUAAAAUCACGUCCAUUACAAAGUACAAUGUUUGCAUAUGGACAACAUACAAACAACAGUCUUCUUUGCUCGUAUGUUCCUAAAAAAAAUAAAAAUGUUUUAAUGUUAUCAACAAUGCAUCGUGAUGAUUAUAUUGACCCAGAUUCGGGUGAUUUGAAAAAGCCAGAAGUAAUAACUUUCUACAAUUUGACCAAAGGUGGAGUUGAUGUAGUAGAUCGACUAAAAACUGAAUAUUCAGUAACAAGAAUAAGUAACCGUUGGCCAUUUACAAUUUUUUGUAGUCUGUUGAAUAUUGGAGCAAUAAAUUCACAAAUAAUUUAUAAAACGAAUACGAAUGAUAUAUUUACUAGAAGACAAUUUCUUACAGACUUAUGCAAAAUAUUAACAAAACCCCAUUUGUUAAAACGUGCAACAAUACCUAGUCUUGGAUUAUCAAUUCGCCAGAAAAUACAAAAUAUUACAGGAUUUCAAGCAGCACCAAAGGAAAACACUCCUCAAGGAAAGCCACGAUGUACAUACUGUCCAAUACGUAAAAAUAGAUUCACACAGCAUCAAUGUAGCAUUUGCUCCAAACCAAUUUGCAAGGAACAUACUGCAUCAACUAACUAAUUUGCCUCAUUUGUAAUAAUCCUCAAGAUUCAGAUGAUUAAUAUUAUUUCAAUUUUUUGCAUGUAUACAUAAAUUUAGGGUUUUAAUUUAUCAGUACUUUUUUUUUUCAAAUUAAAUAUAAAAAUGUAAAAUGUAUUGUAAGAAUGUAUACAGUUAACCUAUUUACUCAUUUGUAAUUCAUUUUAAUGAUUAAUAUAAUUAAAAGUUUUUGAUAUUAGUACAUUAUUAACUUGGGGUUUUUUUUAAUGUAUUUCAAUAACAGCUUUAAAACACCUAAAGUGGUAAAAUUAAAGUGGCACAAGUAUCUCAUAUAUAUAUUGUCUUUUGUAAAUAAUGCAAUAAAUAUAAAUUGUAUAAAACGGAAUUUGUGUUUUGAUGAAAUUAAAUAAACUAAUUGAGUGUUAGAAAAAAUCUAACAC